AUGGCUCUUUCCUCAAAUUGUUGGAAAUAUCUCGUGCUGACGUUCAACGUUUUAUUCGCGAUGUCAGCGGUAGUACUUUUCGGUGCUAGUGGGUUUCUGUUAUACCGUUUAUUUGUAUACCGGCAUUUCAUUGGCGUAAAUGUGGAGUAUCCAGCAAUACUUCUGCUAAUGAUGGCCAUCAUUACAUGUUCGAUUGCCUGGAUUGGGUGGAGGACAGCAAAAUCUAUGCACCAAAUACACGUGAUAAUGGCUGGCCUAUUAAUUUUGCUAGUGGUGGUUAUAGAAUUUGUUUGUUUUGUAUGGGCAAUGGUGGUAUGGGACAACAUUGAAAUUGACAUUAAAACUACGAUGACUGCCUACUUCCUAGAAACUAGUACAAAAGAAACAAAUCCGGACUCAAUACGAUGGGAUCGACUUCACGUAAAGUUCGAAUGCUGUGGCGUAAGCGGUCCCGCUGACUACAGUUCUACGGGGCACGUGCCAUUCUCCUGCUGCGGCCAGGGUCCUCUAGACUCAAUACAGAAGCCAUACACUGCAGAUUGUACUACGGUGUACCAGCGCGGCUGUGGUAACUUGCUUCACGUGUAUGCGAAGGAGCAACUGCUUUUUGUUGCCAUGGUUGCGCUUAUUGCGUCUGUUAUUCAGAGUACCGGAAUUUUCUGCACGUUCUUCCUCGCUCAUGCCAUCAAGGAGAAAUGGCGUGCGUCCAUACGAACCUCUACUAUCGCCCGAGAGUCCACUUUUGCUGCACCAGAUGACUCCCUAUUAGCAUCUCCGACCGCGCCUGCGCAGACCUUGCCAAAGUAUUAA